AGAUGCCAAUUCGAUGUGUACUCACACCAGACGAAGUUCGCGAGCUAGAAAGAAUGGCCGACGACGAGAAAGAAGAUCAAUCGGAGGUAUCCGACGUUGAAGAAGAUCUCGUCGGCACUCCUCUAGCAAAUGAACGCGACAAGUUAAGAGCCAAGAAACAAUUGGAGUCGAGAGAGAGAGAAGAGGACUCUCCAAAGAAGAGAGGUCCCAAAAAGAAGAAAUUAACCAGAGCCAGACUAGCAAAGCUCAGACUACGAAGAGUUAAAGCGAAUACUAGAGAAAGAUCAAGAAUGCACGGUUUAAACGAGGCUUUGGACGAACUUCGAGAACACGUUCCAUGCGGUCAGAGCUCUACUCAGAAACUAAGUAAAAUAGAGACAUUGAGAUUAGCGAGGAAUUAUAUCGGGGUCCUAUCCGAAAUAUUGAGAUCAGGCAAGAAACCCGACAGCGUCUACUUUGCCCGCUCUCUUUCAAAGGGGUUAUCGCAAAAUACAAUGAAUUUGGUUGCUGGUACCAUGCAAAUAAACCCGAGGUCAUUAGUUGCCCACGAUUUUCCGCCCCAAUAUCCUUCCCCCUACUGCGCUCAGAAUUAUCUGGUCAAGAAAGAGUAUAGCCAAGAAACGCCUAGUCCAGUAUGGAGACCAGACGUUCAAGAAGCAUCUCUUCCGGCUGGUGCUAAAUAUAUCGUAAAUCCGGCUGAAAUGCAAGCUCGAUUUACCGCUGCAAUGCAAAGGUGCGACCCAGUCGAUUUCGAGUACGACAAUUGGUUUGACCCGGACUGCGUUCAACAGUCUUCCAUUUCAAUUAUGUAAUAAAGAAAAAAAUGAACAAUGAAUGAGAAGAGAAGAGAAAAGAAAGAAAAGAGUUUACAUUACAAAAUUACGGACGGUUAAUCAUUCUUUCUUCUCCAUCUUUUAUCUUAACAAUUUUUUCCUUCUGUCUUUGUUUAUCGUAUUUUAUCUCUUUUUAUAUUUUAUUCUCUCUCUCUCUCUCUCUCUCUCCCU